AUGAAAUAUAUAGUUCUAGCGAUAGCCCUUUUUGGGGUAUCAAUCGAAGCACAGGCGCCAUGUACAACAACAAUUUGUCUGUCUCAGUGUGCUUUCGAUCCAAGAUGUCCUGCCACUAAUCCGUUACAACCGGUGCUGCUUCCACAUACCGAUUGUUCUAGGUUCUACAAAUGUCACAACGGGCGUGCUUGCCCAUACAAUUGUCCAGCGGGCUUACAUUUCAAUCGCGAUAAGAACGCCUGUGACUGGCCAAAUCAAGCUUGUUGCGAUCCAACGAUUCCCUGCAGACCAGAUCCAUGCAACGGUGGAACAGGAUGCCCAGUGCCAACACCACCACCGACAUGUCCACCAUCGCCAUGCCCUCCAACUGGACCUGGAUGUCCUCCAAUCUGGUGCCCGAUACCAACACCUCAACCACCGCAAUGCCCGCCAACUAACUGCCCGCCGGUUGGACCAGGUUGUCCCCCAACGUGGUGCCCACCGCCUCCACCUCCACCACCACCACCAUGCCCGCCAAUCAUCUGCCCACCUCCUCCAUGCGGUGGUGGAGGAAACAAUUGUGACAACUGCGAUCCUCACCCUGAGUGUCCUCUCUUCAAUCCGCCAAAACCGAAACUGCUUCGCCAUCGCUUGUGCACCAAGUUCUACAAGUGCGAAACUGGUCGCGCCUGCGAAAUGGAUUGCCCAGCUGGACUUCACUUCAAUGUGAACAGGCAAGUUUGUGAUUGGCCCUGGUUUGCGUGCUGUGAUCCGUCUAUGGAGUGCCGGCCAAAUCCUUGCGACAAUGGUUUCUGCCCGCCAGCUAAUCUGCCGCCGACAUGCGUAGGAUGGAACUGUUAA